AAGCGGGGAGGCGGGGCGGGGUAAAGCGGGGCGCGCAUGCGCGAGGCGGGGCGCUGGCCCCACGCCUCAGAGGGCAAUGCUGACGCGCGGCCGGAGCACCUGAGCCAGGAUGAAGGAGUGGUGGGUGCAGGUGGGGCUGCUGAGCGUGCCCCUCCUCGCCGUCUACCUGCACAUCCCGCCCCCCAAGCUCUCUCCGGCUCUUCUCUCCUGGAGAUCCUCCGGAGGCUACUUCACCUACAAGGACCAGAACAUCUUCUACAGAGAUUCAACCGGCGCUGUCGGCAGCUCCGAUGUCAUUGUCCUCCUGCAUGGCUUCCCAACCUCCAGCUACGACUGGUGCAAGAUCUGGGAAGGGCUGACCCAGCGGUUUCACCGGGUGAUUGCUCUGGAUUUUGUAGGAUUUGGUUUCAGUGACAAGCCUAGGCCCCACCGCUACUCCAUCUUCGAGCAAGCCAGCAUCGUCGAGGGCCUGGUGCGUCACCUCGGCCUCCACCACCAGAGGAUUAAUCUUCUGUCCCACGAUUAUGGGGAUACGGUCGCACAGGAGCUGCUCCACAGGUACGAGCACAAUAACACUGGAAGCAUCCUGAUCAACAGCCUCUGUUUAUCCAAUGGAGGGAUUUUCCCCGAAACGCACUACCCCCGGUUCAUCCAGAAGAUCCUUAAGGAUGGGGGUUUGCUGUCCCCCGUCAUCACACGGCUGAUGAACUUCUUUUUCUUCUCCAGAGGGCUUGGGGCAGUCUUUGGGCCCUACACGCAGCCUUCGCAGGCAGAGUACUGGGACAUGUGGACGGUGGUGCGGACUAACGACGGCAAUCUCGUCGUUGACAGUAUUUUGCAGUACAUAAACCAGAGAAAGAAGCACAGAGACCGCUGGGUUGGGGCUUUGAUGUCCACCUCUGUCCCACUGCAUCUAAUCUAUGGGCCCCUGGACCCUGUGAACCCACACCCAGAGUUUCUCCAGCUUUACAAGAAGGUGCUUCCCAUGUCCACGGUGUCUGUGCUGGACGACCACAUUAGCCACUAUCCACAGCUGGAGGAUCCGACAGGCUUCCUGAAUGCGUAUCUGAACUUCAUCAACUCUUUCUGAGCUGCUGCAGCUCAGUUCUCACUCUUGGUUUAUGAGUCAGGCUUUGGGGGCAGGAAGAAACCUUGAUUUUUAUCUCCAGAUCCAACACUUUGCACUAACACCCUCAUCUUUGGCUGCCAAACUCCUGCAUUUAUGUAGUUAAAUCCUUUGAGCACUGGAAGAGAUUAGCCUGUGGGGAGGCAUGGACAGAACUGUCAGCCUAAGCAGAGUUACUGACAGCUCUUCCAGCCCCAUGCUGACCUUGAUUCUUGUCCAGCCUGUAUCUAUAUUUAGAGCCAGGAGGGCUCAAGGGAGGACAGGGGCACCUGAGGGGAUGCAGAGCACAUGUAUCAGUCUGAGUCCUUGUCUUCACUGCUAGGCUAUGCUGCGUGCCACAGGUAGACAGGACCACUAGCAGCCAAGGGUUGAUGUGCAUAUUCCUAAGAUGGGUGUUGGUUUGGCUUUUUUUUUUUUUUUUUUUGAGUUGCUGCACAGGCAGUUUAAAUUACAUCCUUCUGCUAAGUGGCUAAGUGUUCUAGUACCUCGCCAGCUUCUCAGGACUGAAGAAUUUGAAACUGAGUUUGCCUACACGAAAUACAGCAGAACUGGGUCUGUAAUCCCCCAAAGUAUAGGGAAUGAUGCUCUGUGCCCAUAAAGGGGCAUUUAAGCACUGGAAUUGUCUUCAGUAAUCUCUUUUUAAUCACCAGUUACCGAAAGUUAAGCUCUAAACCUCAAGUUUUUACCACUUCCCUUGCUCCUCUGUCUUUUGGUUUAACAAGCAGAGCUGCUCACUGACACUACACCCCUGGGCCUAUCUCAGGAGCUUCCCCAAAGCCUGACUGUAGCACACACUUCUCCCAGGGCAGCCUCAUACCUGUUCUACUAGAGCAAGAUAAAUAUGCAAUACUGGCACUAUCAGAAGCCAAGGUGUUCUGAGCAAUAGCUAUUCCAGCCACAAGGAUCUGGGACAGGCAUUUAAAUUAGCAUUACAAUAGUAUUCCUUCCUUCCUCACCCUGACUUGAUAACUGAAGAAACAUCAAUUCAUCAGCAGAGAGGUGCAGAACUUCCCUCAGAAGGAAGUCACCAUAAGGUCUCUCCUUCCUCACCUCUUUCCAACUUCCGAUAGAUGAUGUUUCACAUCCUUGAGCCCAAGAAGGCUGCACUGUUUGGUAUUAUCUGACAUAAGGCUCAGAGAACUGAAUAUGCCUUGAUAGGUGAAGAUUAAUCUCUCUGUACAUUUAUUUUUCUGUGUGGAACAGAAGAGACAAUCUUCAAGAAAUAGUAAACUUGCAGGUUGGAAGAUUCUGCAAGUUCUGUGUGUUUUUUAACGGGCUGCGUUUUCUGUACUGAAGCAAAAAGAAUUAGAACAAGAAAUUUCUAUUUUAUUAACAGUAAUUCAUACGAAUUCCACCACUUGGACCAGUGUUUAUUUUCUGUUAAUAAAAAUCAGUUUUGACAAAAGUCUGA